AUGGCAAAGCAGCUCCAGGACAACGUGUCCCGCGUCAAGCAUUUCAAUCUUCUUGGCACAUCUAUUUUUGUCGGACUUCGUGCCGCUGAUGCCUUUCUCCAAUAUGGCCUUCUUCAACGAGGCUGGGCCCCCAGGUUGAUAGAGCUACUUGGUGGGCGCGCAGUGGACCGUGGACGGAUUGUCAAUGCUGCAACCACCCAACUCCAGCCUUACUUCGGUGCAAUCUCGUUGAUGGCUUGUGGCAGCAGCCUCAAACAGAUUCUGACCCUACUCAUCGUCUCGGAGCAGGACAUGCUGCCGUCAUCAGCAUUCCUCAUCGCAUUCUUCAAUACCGUUUUCAACUCCCUGAAUGCCGUAUUCUCUGUCUGGACUGCCACCUCGCAAAGGCCAGCCUCGGAGACGCUGACCGGUAUCGCCCAAUCUCCAUUGGUGCUGUUUGGUCUCGGAUUUUACACGAUAGGUCUCUUGACCGAGAUGAUUUCGGAACUGCAGCGCACAUACUUCAAGAAGAACCCGGCCAAUAAAGGCAAGCCUUACGCCAAUGGACUAUUCUCACUCGCAAGGCACAUCAACUACGGUGGUUACACCAUCUGGCGCGCUGCAUACGCGUUUACUUCUGCAGGCUGGCCGUGGGGGCUUGCCGUCUUUUCGUUUUUCUUCUACGACUUCGUAUCCCGAGGCGUUCCUGUCCUCGAUACAUAUCUCUCAGAAAGAUAUGGUGAGCAAUGGAAAGUUAUUAAGAAACGCGUGCCAUACCGUUUGAUUCCGGGAAUAUACUAA